CCUCACAAACCUCCCCGAGCUCGCGCGCUCCUCGGUCCUCGCGGUAGAAAGCGACUCAACUUGAGCCGUCACCGAACAUCUCGCGCUUUGACUCCGCCCUUAAAAGUCUCGCGACUGACACAUUCCCCCAGAAAAAAAAGGUUUUUGCGGUGGAAAGCUCUCGUUUCCCUGGUUUAAACACAGCUGGAGUUGUCGCUUCGCGAGUGUCGACCAUGCUGGACCCGUCCUCCAGCGACGAUUCUGAGGGGGAACUGCCACCUGAGGACGAACCACCCGUUAAAACCGGGAAACCCGUGAAAAAGAGUCCCAAACCCGAAAAGGCGUCGGAUGCCCCGCGUCCCCAAAAUAAAGAAGCGGUCCCAUCUCCCGAAGAAGCGGACAAAAUCGAACAGAAGAGACUUCAGAAAGAGGAAGCGGAAAGGAAAAUUAAACUACAGAUUUACGUGUUUGUGUUGAGGUGUAUCGCGUACCCGUUUAACGCCAAACAGCCCACAGAUAUGGCUCGCCGUCAGCAGAAGCUGAACAAGCAGCAGUUGCAGGUGGUGAAAGAGCGUUUCCAGGCUUUCCUGAAGGGAGAGACUCAGAUCGUGGCAGACGAGGCUUUCUGCAACGCUGUGCGCAGUUAUUAUGAGGGCUUCCUGAAGUGCGAGCGAGUGACUCGCAUGGUCCAAAGCGGAGGCUGCUCUGCCAGUGACUUCCGCGAUGUCUUCAAGAAGAACAUCGAGAGACGCGUGCGCAGCCUGCCCGAGAUCGACGGCCUGAGCAAAGAGACCGUCCUAAGCUCCUGGAUCACUAAAUAUGAUGCCAUCUACAAAGGAGAAGAGGACCAGCGGAGGUCACAGGGACGCAUGCCGUUCACCGCCGUGUCCGAGCUCAUCCUCAGCAAGGAGCAGCUUUAUGAGAUGUUUCAGCAGAUCCUGGGAAUCAAGAAGUUUGAACAUCAGCUGCUUUACAAUGCGCUUCAGCUGGACAACGUGGACGAGCAGGCGGCACAGAUCCGCCGAGAGCUGGACGGGCGACUGCAGCUGGCUGAGAAAAUAGCAAGAGAGAGAAAGUUUCCAAAGUUUAUUUCUAAAGAAAUGGAGAUGAUGUUUGUGGAGGAGCUCAGGUCAUCUGUUAACCUGCUGAUGGCCAACCUGGAGAGCCAGCCGGUGGCUAAAGAUUUCAAACCCAAGAUCAAGCCAAAGCUCACACCAAUGAACAGUUUUCUGGACAUCGGCGACGAAAGCGAUUUGCCCCUGUCCAAAUCAGAUGUCGUUUUUUCUUUUAAUUUGGAGAUUGUGAUUAUAGAGGUGCAGGGGCUUAAAUCAGUUGCUCCGAACCGGAUUGUGUACUGCACCAUGGAGGUGGAGGGAGGUGAGAAGCUCCAGACGGAUCAGGCAGAGGCCUCCAGACCACAGUGGGGCACACAAGGAGACUUUACCACACCACACCCCCUGCCAGCGGUCAAAGUCAAACUGUUCACAGAAAGCACGGGAGUUUUGGCUCUGGAGGACAAAGAGCUGGGCAGGGUGGUCCUGCACCCCACCACCAAUGGGCCCAAGACGCCAGAGUUGCACAAGAUGUUGGUUCCAAAGAACAGUCAAGACGUGGAUCUGAAAAUCAAACUGGCUGUCCGCAUUAACAAGCCCCCCAAUAUGAAGCACAGCGGGUAUCUGUACGCUUUAGGACAGAGAGUUUGGAAACGAUGGAAGAGGAGAUAUUUUGUGCUUGUUCAGGUGAGUCAGUACACGUUUGCCAUGUGCAGUUACCGCGAAAAGAAGUCCGAUCCGCACGAGCUGAUGCAGCUGGACGGAUAUACGGUAGAUUACUCGGACCCGCAGCCAGGUCUUCAGGGAGGCAGAGCCUUCUUCAGUGCUGUCAGAGAAGGUGAUCUGGUGGUGUUCGCCAGCAAUGACGAUCAGGACCGCAGCCUUUGGGUCCAAGCCAUGUACCGUGCCACAGGCCAGUCCUACAAACCCGUUCCACCCGCCCAGAACCAACAGAACUGCAGAGGGGGAAACACCCUAAAAGAUGCCCCCAUCUCCUUGCUCAGUCUGGAGAGGACACAGAGACAAGGAGUGGAGGAGCUCAUCUCCGCAGUGCCCUGCAACUACGACCACGCCAGCCUGUUCCGCAUCCUUCAGAAGCACACGCUCACGCAUCGCAUGAACGACUCCUUUUCCUGCCUGGGUUGGUUCAGCCCAGGCCAGGUGUUUGUUCUGGACGAGUACUGCGCUCGAUACGGGGUGAGGGGCUGCCAUCGUCACAUCUGCUACCUGCGUGACCUGAUGGAUUUCUCAGAUAACAACGCUCUGGUGGACCCAACCCUCCUACACUACAGCUACGCCUUCUGCGCAUCACACGUCCACGGAAACCGACCGGAUGGCAUGGGCACAGUUACAGAGCAGGAGAAGGAGGAGUUUGAGGAUAUCAGGAGCAGAUUGUUGACGUUGCUGGAGAUGCAGAUCACACAUUUCAGGUACUGUUUUCCCUUCGGGAGACCAGAGGGGGCCCUUAAAGCCACGCUUUCUCUUCUAGAAAGGGCUCUGAUGAAGGACAUAACCACAGCAGUGCCACCUGAAGAAAUGAAGACGAUCGUUCAGAAGUGCCUGGAAAAAGCCGCACUCAUCAAUUACCAGCAGUUGACUGACUACGCCCAGAUCGAAGCAGACACCAGUCAGGCGUCUCCUGAGAAGAGAUUGGAGGACAUGAUCAGACUAGGAGAGCUGUGUAUAGAAGUGUUACAACAGAACGAAGAGCAUCACUCUGAGGCCUUCUCCUGGUGGCCGGAGAUGAUGGCCGAGCACGCAGAGACCUUCCUGUCCCUUUAUACGGUGGACAUGGACGCAGCUCUGGCAGUCCAGCAGCAAGACUCCUGGGACAGUUUCCCUCUCUUUCAGCUCCUCAACAAUUUCCUACGAACUGACCCUCACCUGUGCAACGGAACGUUCCACAAGCACCUGCAGGAGCUGUAUGUCCCCCUGGUGGUGCGCUACAUUGACCUGAUGGAGUCAUCCAUAGCUCAGUCCAUACACCGCGGCUUUGAGCAGGAGACCUGGCAGUCUGUGAAGACCAUAACCAACAAUCUGCCAAGCGUACCGCUGCCCAGAGUUCCCAACCUGCCUCUUAACCUUCCUCAGAUGCCCAGCUUCUCUGCCCCUUCCUGGAUGGGGCCGCUGUGUGACAGCACAGGGCAAGGAAUUAAUUUGCCUGAUAUUUUCAAUGGUUCGGCCACAUCAGAAGAUCUCUUCUGGAAGCUGGACGCUCUCCAAAUGUUCGUGAUGGACUUACACUGGCCGGAGACGGAGUUCGCCAAACAUCUGGAGCAGAGACUCAAACUCAUGGCCAGUGAUAUGAUGGAGGCCUGUGUUAAAAGGACCAAAGCUGCCUUUGACUGUAAAAUACAGAAGUCCAGCAGGUCCACGGAUUUCCGCGUCCCCUUGUCCGUCUGCACCAUGUUUAAUGUUCUCAUGGAUGCCAAGAAGCAGUGCUCCAAGCUGUGUGUUCUCGAUCAAGGUCAGGAGGUCGACCAACAGUGGCAACAGUACCACACAAAAAUCGAUGUCCUGAUUGACGAGGCCUUUAAGGAAAUGCUCUCUUCCUUGGUCUCAAAGGCGUUAAUGCCUGUGUGUUGUCACGCACGCAUUUCUUCUUGGCUUUCACAGUUUGCAGCUGUUUUAGACGGGGUGUUGUCCAAACUCUCACGAUACGACGAGGGAACAUUCUUUUCUUCCAUCCUCUCUUUUACGGUGAAAGCAGCAGCCAAAUAUGUGGAUGUCCCUAAACCCGGUAUGGAUCUAGCAGAUACUUGCAUCACCUUCGUAAGGCAGAACCAGGACAUUCUGAGAGACCGCGUGAACGAUGAGGUGUACACGGAGAAGAUCUUUGACCAAUGGUACAACUCAUUCAUGAAGGCAGUGUGCUUGUGGCUGACGGACAGGCUGGACCAGCAGCUGCAUGUCUACCAACUCAAAUCUCUCAUCAAGAUUGUCAAGAAGUCGUACCGUGACUUCCGGCUACAAGGCGUGUUGGAUGGCACCUUGAACAACAAGAGCUACGAGACCGUCUACAGCCGGCUUGCCAUCGAAGAAGCCACUGCGGCUGUGUCCGCGGCGGACGGCCUACAGGGCAUCACCAUGAGAGACAGCGAUGAAGAGGAGGGUUGAAUCAAAUCACCACCUACACGGGUACUCGUACACUGAAAAGUCAAUACAAAGAGGCCAGAUCUCAGCUUUUCUGAUUGGAGCUCACACUUUAUGCUCCCCAGUCAGCGGCCUCUUGUCUAAACUACGGUAUACUGAUGUCACCAUGCUUGUACACAAGUCUCAUUGGCCAUUUACAGACAAGCUCCAGUGUCUCUGUCGUUUUGUAUUUGAUGUGCGUUAUAUGGAUGCCCAUGGCGAAACCAGGCAGCCUCGAAACGUGAUGGUCCGAAAUGUUAGGGAGAAGCACUUGUAGAUGACAAUUUACGAAUGUUUACAGAUCUACCAAUGAUUCGUAUGUGUGUCUAGAUGAGGUGCACCGGCAUGAAAAGAAAUACAGAGCGUGAGGGAGGUAGAGUCUGCUUAUGUGAUGUUGUCUGCAUCAGCUUGGGAUCCUCAGGCCAAAGCCAUAAAUAUGUUGAAUGAAAUGCUAGCUGUUCACUGUUUAUCCGAUGAAAUUGUGAGACUGUUUCACUCAAUAUCUACAGUACGAUUCUUCUGUAGAAGUUAAGGUUGAGUGUAUCUUGUGUAGUUUGUUGUUGAUGUCCAACUGUUUCAGAUCAAAUAAUAUAUGUCUAUGAAUUUUAACAAGAGUUGUAUAUUUCUAUUGUCUUUGAAAUGUGCUAGAAUUAAAGUGUUUUAAUGUCA